AUGUAUUCCAUCACUAUUGUCUCAUUUUAUUUAAUUUUUUUAAUCAAUUACACCUUUCAACAAGGACAUGGCUCAUUUGAAGUUCGUGAACAUAGUUUAACUCGUCCAUAUGCAUCUGUUUUUUCAACUUCAACUUCAAAUUGGGAUUUAACUGGGAAUACAAUUGUUACGGAUAAAUUUAUUCGUUUAACGCCCGACGUACAAAGUAAAGCUGGUGGUUUAUGGAAUAGGAUACCUGUUUAUUAUCCUGAUUGGGAAAUACAUGUUCAAUUUAAAGUUUACGGGGAAGCAAAAACUUUGUUUGGCGAUGGAUUUGUUAUUUGGUAUGUUCGAGAUCCAAAAAUGGCUGGUCCUGUUUUUGGUUCAAAAGAUUUUUUCCAAGGAUUAGCCAUUGUUAUGGACACAUAUGCUAAUAAAAACGAAGAUUAUUCUCGUACUUUUCCAUAUAUAUCCGCUAUAGUAAAUAAUGGUUCACUUCAUUAUAAUCAUGAUAAUGAUGGUUUCAAUUUAACCGUAGCUGGUUGUGAAUCACCUUUUCGUGGUCGUGAUACAGAUACACUUGUUGCUAUUCGAUAUCAAGAUAAUCGUUUAACUAUAUCUACUGAUACUGAAGGACAAAAUAAAUGGACAAAAUGUUUUUCCAUAGCAGGUAUUAAUUUACCAACACAUUAUUAUUUUGGUUUUUCGGCUGCAACUGGCGAACUUAGUGAUAAUCAUGAUAUUAUAUCUGUACAUACAUAUCAAUUAGAGUCAAGUGAAGAACGACGAAAAGAAGAUCGUACAGGUAUACUACCAUCAGCUCCAACAGCUAAUAUGGGAAGUGAGAAUAAUACUACUUCGAAACCAAAAAGUUGGUCAGUGCUACAAAUAUUUGCCAUUGUUGCUCUUUUGAUAAUUGCUAUUUUGGUUGGUGUUGGCAUAUUCUUUUAUAUGAAACAACGACGAUAUCACAGCUCAAGAUUAUAUUAA